GCACUAAACAGGUCUAGCGAAUCAGCGGUGUCGUAAAGCAGGGAAAUACGAUGUACCGUUCUCGGUGCACAUGAACGCACUGUGAGGUCGUCACGACCACUGAUCCCAUAGACUGGUCGGGUAACUAAUAUCUACCAUUCCUCGUCACCGACUGUGCCAACCUGUGCCACUCCUCGUCACCUGUACCGCCAACAUCCAACAUCUGCUGUUUUCAUGAUGGCGAGAUAUGUGCAUCUCACCUUGUUUCUGCUGUUCACAACGACAACAGUUACAGCUCAGUCAUGCGACCUGACCCUCCAAGCAGACACCAGUGGGAGUCAGAAGGCUGUAGUCGGAGGCAGCGGGAUGUGCACGUGGACAAUAAACAGUUCAGGAUCUUCCGAGAUGGUGACCUUAAAUUUCCAGAACGUCAACUUAACGCAACACCCAUCAUGUGACGUCAGUAACAGCAUCGUCGUGCAUGAUGGUGAUUCAUCCGGCGCCAUCCUCGGUUUGGUUUGUGGCAACUACACAAGCUCCUUCCAAAGUUCCGGCAACGUCCUCACUGUGGUCUACCCCGCGGCUGAAGUGACGGACACAAACGCCUUUGAGCUAAAAUAUUACACAACAGAUCUCUGUUAUGGACAAUCAGUGUUUGCUGUCUCAACGACAGAGUAUAACAUCUUUUCAUAUGGGUACCCUGACGGCACUUCUCGAUCACUUGCGUGUCGUUGGAGAGUGAAGGCACCGAAAGGUCAACAGGUUCGUGUAUCUAUAGAAACAGCUGGUAAUGUCAGCACCAGCUGUGGACAUGUUCAAGUCAAAUUUCUUGAUGAAUACGGGGAAGAUGAUGUCACGUGGUGUCCAGGGAAAAUCAAUGUCUACCAAAGUUGGAGUGAGUCGGCGUCAAUGAUGCUGCAUAUAUCAUCGGAGCGGAGUGUCCGUCUUAAGUACAGAACUCUCGAAGGGCCUACUUGUCGAGGUGAUAAUCUCAACGCAACCCAAGAGGAACAAUUUCUCAUGACACCGGGAUAUCCAAGUCCUUUUCAAAGUUACCUUGAAUGUCGAUGGACAAUAAACACUCCCAACCCCAGAAGUGGUGCCAUCCGGAUAGAUAUCUUAGAAAUGGAUCUGGAUACGGAAGGAUGUAUGACAGAUGUCAUCAGGGUGUAUGACGCGAUAACAAGUGCCAAGAAGCUUGUAGGGACUGCUUGCGAGGGGCCUAGGUCAUUCUAUGUGUACGGCCUUUCAGCAAGGAUUGAGUUCAAAUCGUUGAGAGAAAAUAAUACAAAACAAGGCUUUAAGCUGAAGUAUUACUACACUACAGCUGAGCCAUGCGGGGGCAGUCUCGUUGCCAACUCUACCAUGCAGAAUGUUACAUCACCAGGAUACCCUACCAACUAUCCCAACUCCGUGACAUGUUCCUGGACUAUUUCAGCCGAGAAUCCACAAGGAAACGUCAUAGUCUCCUUUUUGGAAGUAGAGCUGUACAGAUUAUUUGAGACUGACGUUGUGAAGGUAUAUGACGGUAACUCCACUUCCGGCUUCUUAGUGGGUCGAGUACUUGGAACGGAGAAGCCCACAUUCUCCAGUCAAGAGGCGUCUCUCACCGUGGUGUUUACAACUGACAAAUAUUGGCAGUUUACUCUAAACAAACCAGGCUUUGUGUUUGGAUACGAAGAAACACAGGAUACGCCACCUGUGCAUCGUUUUGCUGAAAUCAAGCUUACAAGUGCAUCCACCUUGUUAUCGCCAAGAUUUCCAGAUGGAAAAGUGAAAGACAUUGACGCCACCUGGACAGUGCGUUCCAAAUAUGCCAGCUACGAAGUGCUGCUAUCUUUCCUGGAGGUUGAUGUUGGAGAUGCUGGCGACUGCAACAACAAUUACAUUAUGGUUUAUCAAGGCAAUACAUCAUCUAGUGAGUUUUCGAAGAUCUGUGGUAACGAAACAGGAAAGUUCGUCAGCCGAGACAACGAACUCACUGUGGUCCUCAGGACAGACAGCAAUCUGGCUAAACGAGGAUUUAAAGCUGAAUAUUCACGACCGACAUACGGAACCUUAAAGGGUUGCAGCGGUGACACUGUGGAGAAAACAGCUCUUCUCAUCGACUCCGAUGAUCUCUAUUCGCCUAUGUUUCCAGACAUUUAUCCCAACAUGAUGAACUGUUCCACCCUAGUGAAGUCUAUCUUUGACGACCACUACAUCCAGCUGGAGGUGACAGACAUGAACAUGCCCCACCCCGAGGACACGGGCUGCACCAGAGACUAUGUGGAGUUCUUUGAUGGACCAAGUUCUGCUGCCCCAAGUCUGGGACGAGCCUGUGGCCAAACGCUGUUGAAAGUCCAGUCGACUGGUAAUGAAGUGUUGGUCAUGUUUAUCUCAGACUCGAAUGUCGGCGACAAAGGAUAUCGGAUCAAAUAUAAGGACAAUAGGGAAGAAACUCCAUAUACAAUGCCAGUUGGCCUCAUUGUUGGAAUUACUUUCGGCUGCAUUGCCAUUGUAGUGGUCGCGGUUGUAUGCUUCAUCUGCAAAUUUGGUCGUAAGGAGUGAGUGAGUUUGUUUUAGCACCGCUGGAAUCCCGAAGUGAUGCAGGUUGCAGGUCUACCCACCAAAAAAAUGUAUAAAAAAAAUAACAAACUUACAAAUUAUAGUCAGUGCGAAACUUACAAGAAAGGUGAAUAGAUGAGUAUAUUCAUGGAAAUACAAUGCAGCCACCUAUUUCGGAAAACAAAGGGAACUUAUUGCUUUAAAGAUGACGAGAGUUAAAGAACAACGUCAGUUACAUUGGAUGGAGUCACUGGUUAUUAACCAAUAACGUUAUUUAAUGUAAGUGGAAUGACAGAUGACAGAUGACAGAUGACAUAUACAUACAUAACGUAUUGCUUAAAAGAAACAUUUGUGUCAAAGUU